GUUGAUGUUUAUGGGGAUACAAGUUUCUGCUUCUUGUAUAUCUGAUCUGUAUCUACUGGGUGCUGUGUGGACACAUCAGCUUAGAUCAGCUCUUUGAUUCUGCCUGCAAUUCCAGGACACUAAGCACCCAGAAGUGGGAGAGCAUUGGAAAGUGUGGUCGCUCUCCUGCCUAGGCUCCGUUUCUGACCACGUUAUACUUCCCAGCUACACAUACUGCUGUACAGUUAUGGGAAAGCGGUGAAAGGAACUGUGUGGGUGACUUUGUGCCAGAAAGCAAAGGGCUGUACUCAAGAUGUCAGCAAAGAUAUCUGUAGAGAAUACAGCGGUCUGACAGCAAGAAAGGGUUGCUUCACAUCUUCAGUAAGCACAACAGUAUUUAAUCUGUCUCCCAGUGAGGAAGACAGCAAAAUCUAUGCAGAAGCUUCUCUCCUGGAGGAAGGCACAGGUACCCAGAAGCUUACAAUCGUCUGAAGCAGAGAUUGUAAAAGGAUGAGAGGGUCCUUUCCUGGAGAUUAAGCAUCAGAGGAGGCAUACAUCCUCCUGUACUGCGAUGUGCUGGGGCCACUAGAAGACUGAAAGGGUGCACAUGCUUGAGGAUCUUGGUCUGUCCAGCAGCAGGCAGGAGUCCAAAUCAACACGUCCAGCCAAAUUGCCAUUUCCAGGACAGCUGCAAGUGUUGUGUUUGAGACACCAAAUGCUUACUAUAUCCCUGGAGUACCCUUCAAGGGGAAGAUUAAGCUUCAGGACCACUAUGGAAAUAGUAUGAAAAACAGAAAAGUUAAUCUCAUUAUAAAGUUCAUGAAGCGCCAGCUUAUUAAAACUUACAUCACAGACAGCAGUGGAAGAGCAUCAUUCAACCUGGACACAACUGCCUGGAACACCUCCUCAGUCUCCUUGGAGGGAAGAUUCACACUGGAGAAUGUCACGCAAAAACCUUGGAAAACUAGUAUCAAUUAUAUAAAUGCCUACCAUCACCUGCAGCCCUUCCAUGUCACAACCAAGAGCUUCCUGAAAAUACACCCACUCACAGGGAAACUGCCCUGUGGGCUGAAGCAGAGCGUCCAGGUGACCUUCACACUCAGUAGGGCUGAUGUGGGAGAAGACACCAACCGCGUUGAUUUUGCAUAUUACGUCACUGGAAAGGCUGGCAUUGUCAACAGAGGUUGGAGAAGUGUUCAGGUUGGAAAGCUGAACAUGCUGAAAGGCUCUUUCUCUAUCCUGCUGACCUUCACUGCUGACUUCACCCCUUCACCUUGCUUAGUGGUGUAUACUAUCUUCCCUAAUGGAGGAGUGACAGCUGAUAGCAUCCGUUUUGAUGUUGCCUUGUGCUUUCAAAACCAGGUCAAGGUAGAUUUCCCAACUAAAGAAAGCCACACAGGGUCAAUAGUGCAGCUCCAACUUGAGGCAGCCCCUGGCUCCAUGUGUGCAGUACAGGCAGUGGAUGAAAACAUGCUCCUCAUGAGACCGGAGAAUGAGCUGACAAGCCAAAAGGUAUAUGGCUUGUUCCCUGCUAUCUACAGACAUGGAUACCCUGCCCAAGUUGAAGAGCAUUCAGAUCACUGUUUUCAGCCCCAGCUCAUGUCAUCUUGGCGCCAAGGAAAACCGCAGCAUCCCUUUCAGCCUGAUAUUUUCAACCUCUUCUGGGACAUGGGUCUGAAAGUCUUCUCAAACCUUGCAAUCAAGAAGCCAACUCAGUGCACUCAGCAGGCAGAGAGGAAGCCAAUCAUGGGGGUACCUUCUAUGGAAGAUCAAAGAAUUACUAAGGAACAACCCCAGUUUACAACCCAAGGAAGAUUUCAGAACUCUUUGCCUGAAACUUGGAUCUGGGAUCUCUUCUUCGUUGGUUCCAAUGGCAGCAGGAGCAUUCCAGUCAUGACGCCUGAUGCUGUCACGAAGUGGAAAGUCAAGAUGUUCUGCUUGUCUGGGAGGACGUUUGGCCUUGCUCCAACCACGAGUCUCAGAACAGUCCAGCCUGUCUUUGUGGAUGUGACACUGCCAUAUUCUGUGAUCCGAGGAGAGACUUUCAUGCUGAAGGCUACUGUCUUCAACUACCUACAGCAAUGCCUACAGAUACAUGUGGCCCUAGAUAAAUUGCUGGACUUCCAGGUGGAGGACUGCCAGACCUGCAGGAACAGAGAGUGCCUGUGUGUGGAAGAGUCCAAGACCUUCACGUGGAAUGUGACAGCAAUCCAGCUGGGGACUCUGAAUAUCACAAUCAGGACUGAAGUACUGGACACAACACCACGCUGUGGGGGAAGGAAGCCCUUGCCAGCUACCAUGAGACGGAGGCAUGCUCUGAUCAAACAGUUGCUGGUUCGGCCAGAAGGUGUGCUAGUGGAGAAGUCUUACAGCUCCCUUUUGUGCCCAAGAGGAGGAAACGUGGCUGAAGAACCUAUACUGAUUCACCUCCCUGAUAAUGUAGUGAAGGGAUCUGCCAGUGCAUCAGUUUCCAUCUCAAGUGACCUCAUGGGACUGCCACUACAGAACCUGGACCGCCUGGUGCAGAUGCCCCAUGGAUGUGGGGAGCAGAAUAUGGUUCUGUUUACUCCCAUUGUCUAUGUGCUGCAGUACCUGGAGAAGACAAGGCAGCUGACCCCUGUGAUCAAAGAGAGAGCAACCGGCUUCUUGCACAAAGGCUACCAGACACAGCUUCUUUAUAGGCAUAGAGAUGGGUCCUACAGUGUCUUUGGGCAGCAGGAUGGGGAAGGGAACACUUGGCUGACAGCUUUUGUAGCCAAGAGUUUUGGCCAAGCCAAGAAAUAUAUCUAUAUAGAUGACAAGAAUAUCCAGGAUGCCCUGCGCUGGCUGGAGCAAAACCAGCUCCCCAGUGGCUGCUUUGCCACCAAAGGAAAUCUCUUUCAUUCCUCUCUGAAGGGCAGCUUGGAUGAUGAAAUCUCUUUGGGAGCAUAUGUUGCUGCAGCACUGCUGGAGCUGGGUCAGCCACUGAAGGGCAAGUUGAUGCAGACUAUCUUACACUGCCUACAGCAUGCAGUUCACAACAUCACCAACACAUACACAGAAGCUGUGCUGGCCUAUGCUUUUGCCCUGGCUGGAGACUACGAGAUAACCCAGGAGCUGCUGUACAAGUUGGAGGAACAGGCCAUCAAGUCAGGAGGACAAAUACACUGGAGUCCCAAAACAAGCUCCCCAGCUUCCACCGACUUCUGGCAUAGUACCCAGUCAGUGGACAUAGAAUUGACAGCUUAUGUACUCCUGGCAUACCUCUCCAGGCCACAACUGAAUGCAAGGGAUAUGAAAACUGCAGCUGGUAUUGUGGUGUGGCUGACCCAGCAGCAGAAUGCCUAUGGAGGCUUUGCCUCCACUCAGGACACAGUUGUUGCUCUGCAAGCCUUAGCAAAAUAUGCAGCAAGGAUGUUCAGCACAUCAGGCCAAGCACUUGUGAAGGUGAAGUCACAGAGAGAUUUUGGAAAGACAUUCCAAGUCACUCGCCAGAAACGUCUCCUCGUGCAGCAUGCAGAACUGACAGAGAUCCCAGGGCAGUUCUUGGUGCAGGUCCAAGGCAGAAGCUGUGUGUUUGCUCAGACAGUGCUCAGGUACUAUGAGCCAACUCCACAAACCUCCAUAACCUUCAGUCUGCAUGUCAACACAGAGCUGGCCAACUGUAGCCAGGACAAUAUGCAUGUUCUCACCGUCCACGUUCUUGCCAGCUACACUGGCAGCAGAGGCACAUCCAACAUGGUGAUCAUGGAAGUCUCCUUGUUGUCUGGAUUUGUCCUAGCUCCAGGAUCCAGGAUGUUGCUGGAGCGCAAAACCAUCAUUAAGAAAGUAGAAGUGAAAGCUGAUGUCAUCUACAUUUAUCUGGACAAGCUUAGUGAUGAGUCUCAGACUUUAAUUCUGCAACUGGAACAAAUAAUUAAGAUGAAGAAUCUGAAACCAACCAUCAUCAAAAUCUAUGAUUACUACCAGCCAGAGGAGCAAGCCUUGGCUAUGUACAGUGCUGUCUGUAGCUGAGUAGCUGUUAACAGGAGUGACGAGAGGAGUGAUGGUCACAGCGACUGCAGAGAUUGUCUGUUCCCGUGGAGACAACAAAGGACAAGAAGUCUAUUUUCCUGAAAUAUUAAAACUGACCAAUAGGAAAUCUGUGGUUUUUUCUGUGUGCCUUGUGACCAAAUAGGACUGCCAAGUCAUCAAAGACAGGGAUCUCUCUGACUGUCCUCUGAGCAUGUUUCAGCUACCUGCACAAAGUCUAGAGCAGAAUCCAAGUCUAGAGCACACCAAGAUGUGUGGGGCUUGUGACAGGCAUCCCAAAGCAGGGCUGUGUGUCUCCCACAAGGUGACUUAUGAUGCAGGUGUUUUUCUCCAUUUUCUGGGCUGGACUGCAGACAAAGACAUGGGGAGAUGUGGCAAGACUUAGAAAAGAAUUAAACACUCAGUUUAAGCACUGGCUUUACCCAGACUGGAAACAGGACAGAUAUACAGGAACUGCUGAGUCAUGGCCUGAAUCACUGAUUGAGCACCUGGAGAGAAGACCUGAUCAGCCCUGGAAGCACAGGUGAAGGCCUGUGCUUUGGUCACCUGUGUGACCAAAUAGGCUGGAGCCUGGCUCUACCCCUCUUAGAUCUCAUUUUAAGAGCUGACUGCCACUAGGGAAGGCUCCCUCCUUUGUGGAGUUUUCCUGUAAGCCUGUAUCUUCAAAUAUGGGUGAGGAACUCUUUUUUUUUUUUUUGUAACACCUUCUUGUUGUGCGUAUCUGAGGGUGGUCCUGCUGCCUUUACAACAGGUGAUUGAUUCCAGUCAUGGCUUGGAAGCCAGUUCAAGGCUGCAAAAAGUGUGACACUGAAAAGUCCAGCCCUGCAGUAAAGCUGGAGACAGCAUGUACAGAGCAACAGGAAGUUUACAUAAUUGGAAGAAAAGUGACAGGAAUAAGAACUGUGUAGACUUGAGGGAAAAUAGAUUCAAUACAAAAUGCCAGGACUAGUGGUAGGACUCAGGACAGUCAGCCCAUUUUCUGCUAUGCAUUUCAACUCUGUCAUGA